AUGGCCGUUCGCAUUGUGUCAUACAAUAUUUUAGUACCUAUUUUGGCUAAUCGACCUGAUCAUUACACCAAAUGUCAACCUGAAUUUCUUCAAACUGAACAUCGCUGGAACUUAAUUCAAUCUCAAUUAGAACAAGAAAUUGUUCAGCAUAAAAAUACGAUUAUUUGCAUACAAGAACUAUCUCUUCCUAUUUUACCUAAACUUGAAUUAUUUUUUCGUCGAUUAAAUUAUACAUUCUUUCAAAAUUUAUACGAAGAACAAUGCAAAGAUUAUAUGGGUAUAGGUAUAGCAAUUCCUAUUUCGAUGCAACUCAACUCUAUUUCUAUUAUCAAAAUUGGUGAUCAUAUAAGAUCAUUUAGUAAGUUGCACAACAAAGAAACAAAUCUGUUUACAUGGGGAUGGAAUAUAUAUCAGUCUGCUAUAAGUAAAUUCAUACAACCUAUAUCGGAUCCUUGGGAAAUUGCUAUGACUAGACGCAAUACACUGAUUUUUUUACAAGUUGUAAUCGAUGGUAAAGUAUUGUGUGUUGGCUGUUAUCAUAUGCCUUGUCGUUACAAAGAACCUGAUGUGAUGGCUAUUCAUUCUUCGAUAGUAAAAGAUUUAAUGUUUGAAUUGUCAACUGGAAAAGAUUUUAUUCUUGCUGGCGAUUUCAAUCUGAAACCAUGCGAUAUUUGUUAUCGUGCUUUAACCGAAAAAGAUUAUGCCGAUUGUAUUUUACCAAAAUCUGAUAUUUAUGAAAUUUCAUAUCAACGAAAUGCUGGCCAAGUAUUGAAGAGUGCCUAUCGAGAAAAGAAUGGAGUUGAACCUAUUUAUACAGAUUUUUCACAUACACCACACUCACCAAACUUUUGUGAAACACUUGAUUAUAUUUUUUUUAAUGGUCGUCUUGCAGUGAAAGAUAUAUUAGAGCUGCCAGAUCAUCCUACAAGUGAAUCUUACCCAGAUCAAACACAUCCUUCCGAUCAUUUGAUGAUCGCAGCAACUUUCGAACUAUUAUCAUAA